CUAAAAAUAACCUCGGUGUGUGUGCCCCCGACUCUCUAAUAAUAGCGGAGGCCUCCUGCUUCUUUAAGAGCCCACUUGGUGCAUUGACUAUUCAAAAAUAUAAAGCGAACAAAAUGGUUAUUAAAGUAUUUCUCGCCACUUCUUCGGGCUCCACUGCGAUAAAGAAGAAGCAACAAGAUGUGGUCGCCUUCUUGGAGGCUCUUAAAGUGGAUUACACUCAGCUGGACAUUGCCUGCAAUGAAGAGAAUCGCCUGUGGAUGAGGAAGAAUGUCCCUGAGGAGAAAAAGCCCGCCAACGGCAUCCCUCUGCCCCCACAGAUCUUCAAUGAAGAGAGCUACUGUGGAGACUAUGACACAUUUUUUGAUGCAAAAGAAGACAACUCCGUGUUUGCCUUCCUUGGGCUGCCCCCUCCUCCUGGGUCAAAGGAAGCUGCCCAGGCUGACAAGGCACGGAUUGUGGAAAAUGGGACUCAUACUGAGGAAACCAGUGCAGAUGGAAUCCUUGAUGACUUGGCAGUACAUGCAGAUGAAGAUGAGGAAGAAGCAGAUGAAGGCAAGGAGGAAGAGGAUUUGCAGUCAGAGGAAGAAGAAGAAGAAGAUUUGGAAAACACACAGGAGGAAGCAGAGUAGUAAAGAGCCAGGUGACCAUGAUGUUGACUUACUACUAUCCAGCUUGAAGGAGCCUUUUUCUUACCCAAACCUUGAUGACCCCCUCAGACUGGCUACACCACCCUGUCCCAAGGCUGCACCGUGCUCCACUGAACAACAUCCAUUAUCUACAACCUAAACCGGAAAAUCCUAACCUGUCCAGUUUCCAACUUUUCUUGUUGUGACUGUAAUAUUGGCUCAGUUUUGAUAUUUUGCAUAUAGGGAGAUAAUGUAGGAGUAUCGAAGAUGGGCAGAGUAGUCUAGAGGUGUCAAUUUGUUUUUAAUAAUUUUUUUAUUUUUUUUUUAUGAACCAGCAGUUUUUUUUUUAAACUCAACUUGAUCUCUUGUUUCUCUCUCGGAAAUUGUAGUUACAUACAUAUAUAACAAGUGACUGUGUCAAAUGGGUAACCUUGCCAUACCUUGACUUGCACCUCUACUUAAGUUUGCAAGGUUCAAAACGUGUGACUUAUUCUCUUCGUAUGUAACAGUCGUUUUGCAAGCGAAGAAUUUUAAUAUCCACAUUUGAUAGAAAGACACACAGAGUAAAAGUGUAAUGACCACCGCUAUAAUUACUGAUGUGAAUACUACUGUCUAGUCAGUGCACUUUGUUAAAUGUAAAAUGAAAUAUGUUAUGAAGUCUUGGAUGCAGUAAAGUACUGUACUAAAUUCA